AUGUCGCAGGCUUUGCCCUUUACCGACGAGGCGCGGCGCUGGCAGGCCGUGCAGGACCGGGAUGGGUCCGCCGACGGCCUGUUUGUCUACGCCGUCAAGACGACCAAGAUCUACUGCCGGCCCAUCUGCAAGGCGCGGCUGGCACGCCGGGCCAACGUCUCCUUUUACGACACGGGCCGCGCGGCGCAGGCGGCCGGAUUCCGCGCGUGCAAGCGGUGCAAGCCGGAGCUCGCGGGGGCCAUGCCUGCGGAGCUGGCCGUCGGCAAGAUUCGCGCCUUUGUCGAGGAGCAACAGCGAAGAGGCGGCGGUGGCGGCGGCCGUGCGGCGGACACGCGACUGAGCCUCAGCCAGAUGGCACGGCAGACGGGCCUCUCCAAGUGGCACUUUCACAGGGUGUUUAAGCGGUGUGUGGGUGUUACGCCGGGCGAGUUCCUGCGCUGCCGGGGGGAGGUGGUCUCGUCGUCGUCGACGUCGCCGUCCUCCCUGUCACCGCCCGCCAGCGGAACCCUAUCGCCGCCGCCGUGGACGCACGCGGAGUUGGGCAGUGCGCUUGGUUGGCCUGCGCAAGGGGACGAGAUGGGUGGUUAUCACGACGUGGACCUUGCGAUGCUCCAUGUGGAGUCGGCCGGCCUGCUGCCGUGGAAUGACAACGGUUUCGGCUGGGAUGACGCCAACCUCUCGUUUGAUGACUUUCUCCUUUGGCCAGAAGAGACGUGCAAAAACGCAUAA